ACAAAACUGAAAAGGACAUUAAGGCUUAUUCUGGCAUAGAUUGCUAGUUGUAUUAUUCUAAUGCCCCAAAUAUCCGGUUUUUUCAUUAAUAAAGUGGAAAAGAUUGACCCCCUCUCUCUCUUAUCUUUACACCAUUUCAGUACAAAAACAGAGCUUUAAUUAACAGUUUAUGUUGCUUUGAUUUUUUUUUUAUUGAGCUUUUUUUGGUUUUUGGAGAAUUAUUCAAUUCCCUAGAACCCUUGGAAUUGUAUUUGAGUUUUGGGUGUUGGGUUUAUGCUGUUCCUUUUCGGAGACUGAAGAGAAUGAAAGGGAACAGAGAAUAAUAGGUUUUUUGAUGGUAAGAACAUUAUUCCGAAUGAAGAUGAUGAUCAGAUUGUGAUGCUGUUUGGUUCGUGUGAAUAUAGGGGAAAGAAAGAUUGUCGCAAGUGUGGAAAUUUAAAUUACUAGAAGGUCCAACUGAUUAGUCAAACGCCUGACGAAGAAGUUUCUGUGAUCACAGGAUAUGGGAUGUGUUUUUUCGACACCGAAGGAUACUGCAGGAAAUAGAAGGAGGCCAGGAAACAUUGGGGAUGUUUCGGUUUAUGUUCCUGGUUUAAGAAUUCCUAAACCUGUUGAUUUCUCACAAGCACUGGGUGAUCACUUAUCUAAGAGCUUAGUGGAAAAAUUAUCUGCUUUAAGAACUCGCAUAGUAGUAAUGGCUGGCCAAGAGGGUCCUACGAUUACAAGAACGAGGAGAAAAACCCAACAUGGUGGAUCGACUUUAGCUGAUCUUCAACAGGCACUGGAAGAUUAUUUGCCCGUUCUUCUGGGAUUAGUGAAAGAUGGAAGCCAGCUACAAUACAGGGUACAAUUUCUAUGGAUAAAUCAAGAGGAUGAAGCGGAGGAAACAGCCUUGUCUAAUGCUUGGUACGAGGUGUUGUCAGUUUUACAUUUGAUGGCAACGCUAUUAUUAUCACAAGCCAACUUGUUACUUCUUCCAAGAACAUCCGCUGAUGGUUAUCAGCCCAAAGUAUCGGAGGAGAAUAGGCGAGCUUCUGUUGAUAUUUUCCUAAAGGCAGCAGGAUACCUAGAUUGCGCUGUACGACAUGUACUUCCACAUUUCCCUUCUGAACUCAGGAGAAAUCUACCAGUAGACUUGGCAGAAGGAGUUCUUCGAGCACUCUGCUUACAAGCAUUAGGACAGGGUGUUGAUAUUCAACUUGGAAUGGCAAUUGAUAGCACGAAAGCCACUCUCGCCGUGAAGCGAAGGCUUGCUUGUGAGAUGGUCAAGUAUUGGCAGCAGGCUCAAGAUAACAUUAUGAACCUUCCGUUAUCAAAUGGUUGGGGAGAAAAGCACCGGCUUUAUGUAAAGUGGAAAUAUGUUGAAGCAAAGGCUGCAGCAUAUUAUUAUCAUGGAUUGAUCCUUGAUGAGGGAAACACAGAAAAAUCGCAUGGGAUGGCUGUAGCUGCUUUGCAAGCAGCAGAUGAGUAUUUCAAGGAAAGUAAAAAGGCAUGCGAGGCAUUUAACGCGGCUCCUCCUUUGUCAAGAAAUCCACCACUUUGGGGAACCAUGAAGUAUCUGUCUGAAAAAAUUCCAAAAGAUACUUCAAGCAAAGUGCGGAUAAACCGGGACCUCUACUCUUCUGAAAAAAUUAUGGAAACUGCCCCCACAUUGCCAGACUUUGCCUUAGCCUUAAAACCAGAUGAGUACCAACUUCCUCCAGUAGAUGCCUCUUGGAACCAGGAGCAUAUGAACAAGGGCCAGACAGGCUUCAACCAACUCAAGAUUGAUAAAAGAUGAAUCGCAUUUGUUACAUUUGGAAACUACAUAAUUACAAAGACCAAACUUAAGUUUGGAUUGGAUGAUCAUUCAGACGCAGAGGUUCAUAACUUUUGAGUGUCCAACGUUUUCUCCUGUCUUUCAUUAUAGCUAUUUCGUAAUAUAAUCCAUUUUUUAUGUCUCUUCUGUUCAUGAGAUUUAUGAUGUAUCUAUUAUAGAGCUGUGUAAAAGUUUCAAUUGUAAAUUGGCUGCUGCUGAUGGGAGAAUAAUGCUCUCUUUCCAAAUUCCCAAUAAGGUUUGUUAUUUUUUAUAGUAGAAAAUUUGAACGAGUUUUUGUGCUUAAAAUUGGCUAUGUGAAAAGAUGUUGCUCUUUAUAAACUCUAUUUCUUGCA